GUUAGUAAAAGUUGGGAUAGGAGCUCCGGAGAGAGAAACAGACAGGAGGAGAGAUAGAGAGAAAGAAGGAAAUAAAGAGGGGACGGACAAUUAACCAGACAAUUAAUCGGCUUUUAUAGCAGAGAAAGCACUCCUUCUUUGUUGUAGAUUAGCUCGGCAGACAGAGAGAAACAGUGCGGGAAGAAGAGACAGAGCGGACAGACGACUUUCUCUGAAGUUACGAGGAAGAGCAGCCACCGACCUGUUAUUUGGAUUUGUCAAACUAAGGGGGCAAACACUGCAUCGUGCAUGGCCAUAAACGUGUAUAACUUAAACAAAAGUUGAAGUUCGGAGUCGUGACAGUCGGUAAAUGUGGUGACAUUUUUUAGGAGAGCAUACAUUGCUCCAGCGGUCGACGGUCGAGUGGCGGGGUAAAAACCCGAGCUGUCAAACCCGAUGACGACUGCUAACUGCCCCGGGAAUGAGGAGCUGGACUUCAGGCUGAUUUUCGGAGAGGACGGGCAGCAGCAGCCGCUAGGGCCUGCAGAUCUGGAGCCCGAUGACAACACGUCAUUCUACAUCCUGAACGUGGGCCAGCCCCAGGCUAUGAUCACCAACCACCAGUCUCUUGGCCUGCCUCGUCAUGGCAUGCAGUCCCACUCCCAGAUCAUCAGCUCGUCCCCCCGCCUUCACUCACACAAACCAGGGUCUGAGCCUCCAAGUUAUGAAGCCCAAGACUCCAAGUACGGCUGCUCCCCCCUGCUGCCCUCGGCUCCUGUGGAGGCUCCGAAGGCCUUUGAGUGCCCCAGUAUCCAGAUCACCUCCAUCUCCCCUAGCUGCCAGCAGGAGAUGGACGCCAAUGAGCAGGAUCUGAGGGCCAAUGGCCCCGAUGGGGACUAUCACGUGGAUAGACCCCUGUCCAGAGACCACCUGUACCUGCCUCUUGACCACUCGUACCGGGACUCCUCGCUCAGCCCAAGCCCGUGCAGCAGCCUCUCCUCUCGGAGCUGGUUCUCUGACGCCUCCUCCUGUGAAUCUUUCUCACACGUCUAUGACGAUGUCGACUCGGAGCUAAACGAGGCGGCAGCCCGCUUCACCCUCGGCUCCCCUCUGACUUCCCCGGGCUGUGUCUCCCCUCAAACCUGUGGGGGGGUUUUGGAAGAGCAGCCCAACUGGCAGCACCAUCACCCCACCUUUGUGCACCACUCCCACUCCAUCAGCCUGUCACCCCGGACGUCCCCGUGCCACUCGCCGCGCACCAGUGUCACGGAUGAGAAUUGGCUGAGCCCGCGUCCCACCUCUAGGCCUUCCUCACGCCCCACCUCCCCCUGUGGGAAGAGGCGCCACUCCAGCGCUGACAUCUGUUACCCAGGCUCCUUGUCUCCUCAUCACUCACCCUCACCCACACCAGGGCCGUCACCGAGGGGUAGCGUGACGGAGGACAACUGGAUCGGCAGUCCUUCUUUAGGCAUGUCUCCCUUCCAGUGCUGCCCAUCUGAGGCAGACAUCCCGUCCAAGACGAGGAAGACGUCGCAGGACAGAACAUCAAUGCAGUCUGGGAAAGGAGACCUGGGGCUGGAUGACCAAGGAAAUAUGUCUCCUAAUCUAGACUCUCCUUCUGACGACGGUCUCCACAGUCUGAAGAAGGACGGGCCCGGUGAACAGUUCCUUUCAGUGCCCUCCCACUUCUCAUGGAAUAAACCCAAACCCGGUCACACGCCUAUAUUCAGGACCUCCUCGCUGCCUCCUCUAGACUGGCCGCUGCCAAGCCAGUUUGGCCAGUACGAAUUGAAGAUAGAGGUGCAACCCAAGGCCCACCACCGAGCCCACUACGAGACAGAGGGCAGCCGAGGAGCCGUCAAAGCCUCUUCCGGGGGCCACCCGGUCGUCAAGCUCAUUGGCUACACUGAGAAACCCAUCAACCUGCAGAUGUUCAUCGGUACAGCAGACGACCGUUACUUGAGGCCGCACGCCUUUUACCAGGUGCACCGGAUCACCGGGAAAACCGUAGCCACGGCCAGCCAAGAGAUCAUACUCUCCAGCACCAAAGUUCUCGAAAUUCCUCUCCUGCCUGAAAACAACAUGUCAGCCGGCAUCGACUGUGCUGGCAUCCUGAAGCUUCGGAACUCCGACAUCGAGCUGCGGAAGGGGGAGACGGACAUCGGAAGGAAGAACACAAGGGUCCGCGUGGUCUUCCGAGUCCACAUCCCACAACCCAACGGGAAGGUGCUCUCCCUGCAGGCCGCCUCUAUCCCUGUGGAGUGCUCCCAGCGUUCGGCUCAAGAGCUGCCCCAGGUGGAGAAAUUCAGCCUGACCAGCUGUCUGGUCAGCGGGGGAGAAGAGAUGGUCAUCACCGGCUCCAACUUCUUCCCAGAGUCCAAGGUCAUCUUCUUGGAGAAAGGCCCUGAUGGACGACCACAGUGGGAAGUUGAGGCAAAAAUAAUGCGUGAGAAAACUCAAGGAUCGUGCAUCAUUGUGGAGGUCCCUCCCUACCACAGUAAGUCUGUGGGCUCCGCUGUGCAAGUGCAGUUUUAUGUCUGCAAUGGCAAGCGGAAAAGGAGCCAAUCGCAGCGCUUCACUUACCUGUCAGUCUUGGUGAAGCAGGAGCUCAGAGAAGAGCUGGACCUCUCUGCAGUCUCCCCCAUGUCCAUGCCCCUGGCACAUGCUGCCGGACUGGUGCGCACCCAGCUGCCCUCUCCUGAGCAGUGCCACCCAUCGGACGGCCUUCUGUCCAGCUCCCCUCACUGCCUGGCCGCCGGCUCCGGACCUGGCCUGCUCCCCCUGCAGGGCCCCUGCCCCUCCCUGGGCUCCCCGUCCUUCCAGCACCUGCCUCACCUCCAGAGUCGCAGCUUGCACCACCCCCCUGCAGACUGCCACAUGACGUUCCACCCGAGCGCCGCCCCUGCUCCUCUUCCUGCCCCCCCCCGGCCCUCCUACCAGUCCAUGCAGCACAGCCACAGCCUGCCCUUCAACGGCCAGUCCAGCCUCCCCCCUCAGGGCUACGAGAGGAUGCCCUUCCAGCACAGCCCCACUGCAGUGUCUCACCCAAUGGGGAUGGGAAUGGUGUACCCUUCCUCCCCGUGCUCCUCACCCUCAGCUCCCAACUCCUCAAACAGCCACCCCAUUGCUGGUUCUCCCCAGAGCCAGCAGCCGCUGCUCAGCCCCUCAUCCCCCCACCUGCACACACUCGGAGGCUAUCACUGCUCCCCUAACCCCCCCCAGGUGUCCUCUCCCGGCGGCCACCCCCUCGUGGGGCAGCACUCCUCCCAGCUGCAGAGAGCGAUGGGCUACCACCCCGUGAGUCAGAGGUCAGCCUCCUGUCCCACCCCGUCCAGCGGCCCCGCCACCAGGAUGAUCCCCUCUCCCCACUCAGGGCCUUCCUCCCCUCAGCUCCACUCGCUGCCCUACCAGUCUCCCACCUCCUCCUCCCCCACAUCAGGUGGCAGUCCUCUGGGGCCCAUGCAGCACUCAGGACAGCAUUCCCCCCAGGCGACCAGCCCGGUCAUGACCAGCCUGUCCCCGGUGGCAGCGGGGCCUCUGGGUCACCCUUUAAGCCCACAAGGGCCCUUCCCCUCGGACAAAGAGAGGCCAAACAUCAAACAGGAGCCGGAGGAGAGGGAGCCCACCUUCCGUUCCAUCGGCCUGCAGGACAUCACGCUGGACGAUGUGAAUGAAAUCAUCGGCAGAGACAUGUCCCAGUCCCCCAGCUCUCACGGUCCUCCGUCAGCACACAACCAGUCAUAGCCCCGUCCACACCCAGGACCUGAUGCAGCCUUCUGGCUCAGGAAACGCCCCCCCACUGCUGCGACAAGGGCCCCGGUCCAGGUCCAGGUGCUGGUCCGGUGUGCGAUGGUACAAGAGGGGGCAGAGUUAAAUAGUACUUAUCUUCUUCAGAGAUAUAGGUACACUCGCUCCACUCAGAAGACAGAAAGCUGAGCAGGAGGAUGUGGACAUGUGGAGUCACAGCCCGCUUCUCUCAGAAUGCCGCUGUCUUCUGAAUCAUCAGAUCUGUCCGAUUGGAGCGCUCGCUCUUUCAAUACCUGUCGGUAGUGAAGGCAACACCACCUUCUCACCAGCAUCGCCCUUCUUGGACGAAGAAGACAUAUAAGAUUAAUAUAAACUCAGGAGUGCAGCGUGGUCUCACAGAAAGCCAGAGCUGGGAUUCAAAGCUACCCUAGAGGUUGUUUUAGUUCAGUAAGAAAGGCAAAACCACGAUAUAAAUCAGGAUAAAAAAGUGUGGCAAAACUUAUCAGAGUUGGAGAAAACUGUUAAAAAAAAACACAUUUGGAUCAUUGAAUCAAAUCAAACCGUUAUUUUGUUUUUAUAUCUGGCUGCAUUUUUCCACUUUGGUACCUGUUUUCCGGCUCUUGGCUCAGUGAUGCAACCCUUCAGGUCUGGAGUGCAGGGCCCAGCAGGGAGGAUCUGAUCUGGGAUCUGCAACCUGCAACAUUCCACAAGCAGCCAUGUAGAUAUCUGUACAUGAACCCCCCCCCCCCCCCCCAUCAUUUACUCCCUCCCUCUUCUGUAUUCUCUUCUUCAAGUUGAACAAAUGCCUUAUUAACACUUAGCAGCUUGGAAUGGUACUAAAGCUCAACACUUUCUAAUGUUUUGCACAGCUGGCUUUGAGUGUGAUAUUCUUUCAGUGGUUUCAUGAAUCCUGAUGAGUUGGUUCUCUGGUUGUCAUUCGAAGGUGCCCGUUAUUUCCACGUUACAGAGAAGUGUUUUUAAAUCUCUCUCUUCAUGCAAUAGCUCCCCCAAAUCUCCCAGGGGCCCUUGUGUGCCUUCAAAUUCCUAAACGCCACCGUACUUUUAACAGAAAAUGAUCCGACAAAAGUAUUUUAUACGUAACGAUGUGUAUAUAUUGCAUUCAUGUAUUGUCCCCCCCUCCUUAAUGAACAAUUUAAAAACAAUCCCAAAGUCUAGAGAACAACAUCUGGAUGCACCUCCCCCCCCCCCGCUCCCAACAAUCAAAUCUGCUGUUCACAAUCAAACUCAGAGUGAUGUAUUCCUUGUUCGGACUGAUAUGCAGUGUCUGUAUGGCAGCAAUAACGGGCUCUCGAGGACAGAGUGACUUCAGGCGUGGAGGACAACUGAUUUUUUUUUCUUGCCUUAAGCUUGACAAUAAUGCUCCUGCGUGUGAGAGCUGAGGAGUGUUGCUUAUGGAGUCAGUUUCCAGGUGAAAAUGAUUCUGCUAUGCAUUAAAAUUCUGCCUAAUGCCUUUAAAAAUGAGGAGGAAAAAAACGAAAAAAAAACAACAAACAAACAAACCUUGUUGCCUAUAGAACUAGACUUGUUGUAGAUGCUUGAUUUACUCUGUUAGCAUCCUGGAGCCAAUCUGCCUUGUUAAGGACGCAGUGCGAGCAUCUUAAUAGGUUCAGGUGUGUGUGGGUGGGGUGUGUUUAGGCUAUGCAAACGCAGCAAAUGUAACAUAUGUCAUGAAAAUGAGAUUGUAAAAUAUAGCUGCGUAUUCACAGAGCGGAAAAGCAUUCAGAGAGAAUCACGUCACGAUGUAAACUAUUAGGAUGCCUUAACUCCGGUCUGUCCGAGUGUCUGUAUGCCGUUCUGGGUUGAGUUUCCUUUUUUUUUCUCCAUGACUAAGACAGAAGUCGGUAACUCUUUUUUCCCUUUGCUUUGUGUUUUGGGGCACAGGGUGGACUUUGAGGGAUGGGUGGGAGGAGGGAGAUAGCUUGUUUUAUUUUUUUGUUGCAUAUAAAGCUGGUUCUGCAGCUUGAAAGACCCAAGUCAAAAAAAAAAAAAGGAAAACGAAACCAGCAUGGACAGUAGACGCUGCCGUCCUCGUCUGUCUCAACCAAAGAGUGAACAACAUGUUCCCGUCAGACAGAGACUGCACAACUCUAUUUUUGAUACUUUGAAAUGGAUGUCAUUCCUAAAAGGUUGGGGACAUGUAUGAGUGUUGAAUAUAUAUGAUAUAUAUGGAUGUAUAUAUAUAUAUAUAUAUACAUCCAUAUAUACACACAUGUUUAUAUACACACACAUGUAUAUAUAUAUGUAUAUACACACACAUGUGCAUAUACAUAUAUGUGUGUACAUAUGUUUUGUAAAAUAAAAGGGAAAUACAGGUUUAGCUGAUGUUUACCGAGCCUUGUAUUGUCAUUUCUUGUAAAUUUUGUAUGUUCAAUUUUUUGUAAUUUUUAAGACUGCAGUGCUUUUUGAAAUUAUUCAAAGGAAAAACCUUGCAUCAUACUGUAGGCUCUAAAGUAGUGUAUAUCAAUAAAACUCAAAAUUCA